AUGAGCAAGAUUCAUCCAGCAUUACUCUAUCUCACCAUUUAUAACCCGACUUUACGUCCCAAUGAAGAGGUGUCCAAAGACGAUGAUGAUGCAGAAGAGCAAGCACAGAUCCUGUUCUACACUUCGCAGGAACGCGCUGCUUCGCGCGACAAGAUGCUAAGGCAGGUCGGACUCGCCAAGGCGCUCGUCGAUUUCUCUGAGAUAUUCCAUCCGAUCGACUCUUACCACAAUGUACAUUCUCAGUCGAGAAGGAUGAUAAUGCUCAACCCUGAACCUGACUUCUGGACUCACGCAGCGGUAGAGCUUGCAAAAACACCGAGGACGCUUGCGCCUAAAUCGAACAAGGGCAAGGGCAAGAGUAAUGGAAAGGACAAAGAAAAAGAGCAAGCAAGUGCUCUGUUACCCUCUUAUGACUAUCACGGCGGCUUGCUUCACGAUUAUGCACUUCAUCCGCACUUCCUCCGGGGAUACGAGCAAUUCAAACUCACGCACGGGUCUUUCACCUCGAUCUUGAAUUUCCUCAGGAAAGAAGCAUUAGCAUUGCAGCUAGAACGGUUAUUCGCUGUAUGGGCAUGGUCCUAG